CAGCCGAUGACUAUCGGUCGACUGUAUUACAACAUCGCAGUCUAUAGUCAGUACACUACACACAGUCAGACGUCCGACGCUCGCUUCUCCUCAGCCAACAAUACAGUCGUGAUCGUCGUCGACGUUGGAAGUACUUAUUACUUAAAUAUGGACAAAUUGAAGACCGGAUGGUUCAGCGAGCUCACGGACCUGUUACCGGGCAGAAGUUUUUCCAUGGAAGUGGAACAAGUCCUGCACAAGGAACAGUCCAAAUUCCAGGAGAUAUUAGUAUUGAAAACCAAAUCACACGGCGUCGUAUUGGUACUCGAUGGAAUGAUUCAGUGCACGGAAUUUGAUGAGUAUUCUUAUCAAGAAAUGAUUUCUUUUCUGCCACUCUUCAGUCACCCAAAACCGCAAAGGGUGCUCAUCGUCGGUGGUGGUGAUGGAGGGGUAGCCAGGGAAGUAGCCAAAUACCCAUUGGUCGAAAUCAUUGACCAAGUGGAAAUCGAUGAACGCGUAAUCGAAUUGUCGAAGAAAUAUUUACCGUUCAUGGCUCAAGGAUUCGACAACCCCAAAGUCAACCUGCACGUAGCUGACGGUUUCAAAUUCAUGGAAGAACACUUUCAAUACUACGACGUCAUCAUAACCGAUUCUUCUGACCCCAUAGGUCCGGCUACUUCACUAUUCCAAAAAUCUUACUUUGAACUCAUGAAACGUGCACUGCGUCCCGGUGGCAUCGUUUGUUCGCAGGCAGAUACUUUUUGGGGACAUUUGAAAAACGCAGCGGCAAUGUACAACCAUUGCAAAGGAGUAUUCCCCAAGGCGGCGUACGCGACAUCUUAUGUGUCCACUUAUCCGGCGGGUCAGAUCGGUUUCGCACUUGGAAGUCUUGACGAGAACACAGACUUUUUAAAUCCGGUGCACCAAUUGACUAACCAACAGCGAAAGGAUAUGAAGCUUCGUUACUACACUACCGACAUUCACAAAGCGGCGUUUGUACUUCCGGCGUUUGUCAUCGACGCUCUCGACGACGACGAAAAUGAUUUGUAAUAAAAAUAUUACCUAUGUGACAUGCGUCUUUUGUGUAUCAUCAGUACCUAUCACAUAAAGUUCAUAUUACUAUAUCAUAAAAUGUAACACACGAUUAUAAUAUUAUAUACGAUUUAAA